CAGUUUUACUCGGAAUCGGAAACGAACGUCCUAACUACCGACCGUCUUUGACAGAAACGCGACGAUCCGAUGCGCUAAGCGCUGCCUCACCUCAGCUUCGCCAAACCCAUUUUCUUCAAAGCCAAGCCUUUCUGCUUCGAGCUGUUGGGGAUUGUAACGAAGCCUUCUUUUGCUCUCUCCCACUGGUUCAUCACCAUGGAAUCUCCAUUUAUUGGUGUCUAGGGUCUAGUUGUUUUUCCGAUCCAUCCGAAUCACGUUUAUUUAAUGGCUUCGUGGCUCAAAGCCGCAGAAGUAGGAAAUGAAAUGUGGGAGCUUGGAGGAAUCAAAUUGGAAUUUGUUAAGCUUAAUUAUUUGAAAGGUUUCACUCUUUGGGUUUUAGUUCAUUGGUUUGGAAGCAACUCCUUAGAUAGAGAGAGCUCUAGGAAUGCUAUUAACCUUUGGUCAGGUAUGAUUUAAGGGAAAUUCUACGUACCAUACUCCCAUCUUAUUUUUAUCACAAUGUGGGGUGGCAUUUUCCAUCAAAUUUUGAGUUUUUCUAUAAGACAAUUAAAAGAUGAUCCAAAGGUUAUAAACGUGCCACAUUUUAUAUGGUGAGAUGGAAGCGUGGAAUUUAGCAUUACUCAUGAUUUAAUUCACAUGAACGAAAGUGCAUUGUUUUGGAAUAGGCAAUCUGUAUCUUGGACUGCUGGGGAUCUCAGCUUUAUUUGGUAAACCUUUUGUUCUUGGGGCAUUCUUUGUCUUCAAUCAUUGUUAUGGAUUUGUUAAUACCUCGCUUGGUAUCACUUUUGGAUGGCUCGAGCAACAACCCAACUGCAAAAUGCAGAUUUGUUUGAAGUUGUAGAUCGAAGAGCAAAGCUAGUUGUCAACGACUUGUCUGAUGAGCAAUCUGAUACUCAGUCAGCAGCUGCUAAUGGACAAGGAUCUCAAGCCAAGAGGAAGCCGAAGACAAAGUCCCAAAAGAGAGUCCCCAUAAUUGAAUCUGAUACUUCAGAGCAUCAAACUAGGACUUUUACAUCACAAGUAGAUGUGACACCUGAAAAAACUACGGCCGCUCGGUUAGUUGAAAAUGACAGGACUCCUAUUGAGUCUGUUGCCCAAACAAACAACAGUCAGCAGGAGAAUUUUGAAAAAUAUCCCCCCAUUGCGGGCAUUACUUUAACAGAGACCCUAAUUAGUGAUGUGAUUGAACACGAUGCCGAUCAUAUUGAAGUCCACUCAACUACUGAUGCGGAAGUUGUCUCAUCAUCUUCAAAUGGUGAGCCCAUCAGCGAGAAUGCUCCAGGUGUUCAUAGAGAACAUCCUCCUCUGUCAUUACCUGACAAAAGAGGUGAGAUUGUUAAUGUAGAUCAUCCAAAUUAUGCUGUCCAAGGUAUCAAAUCUAGAGACGCAGAUGUUACUUUGAAGACCGACCAAGAGAAAUCUCAAUCUGUGUAUAUUGAUUCCCACGGUACUAGUGAUACUCAACUGAAAGAUGUUGAUAUCAAGGUUGAACCUCUUGUCAAUCAAAAAAGACAACAGGAUCUUAAAGCUGAUGAUUCUCUGAUCAAAGUACAGGACCAACUUGAAGAGGCUCAGGGACUGCUUAAAACUACAGUUUCCACCGGUCAAUCUAAAGAGGCAAGGCUAGCUCGGGUCUGUGCUGGACUCUCAUCCCGUCUUCAAGAAUACAAAUCUGAGAAUGCACAGCUAGAGGAAUUUCUCAUUGCUGAGAGAGAACUUGCUAAAUCAUAUGAGGUUCACAUAAAGCAGUUGCAGCAAGAUCUGUCUGAAUCCAAAAGUGAAGUGUCAAGGGUGGAGUCAAAUAUGGUUGAGGCCUUGGCAGCAAAGAACUCUGAAAUUAAGGCACUUGUUGGUUCUCUUGAUGCACUUAAGAAACAAACUGCCUUGUCUGAAGGAAAUCUGGCUUCAUUGCAGGCAAACACGGAGUCUAUAAUGAGGAGUAGGGAACUCACAGAGACGAGGAUGAUGCAGGCUCUACGGGAGGAACUGGCAUCUGUAGAACGGAGAGCAGAAGAAGAGCGUGCUGCACAUAACACUACCAAACUGGCUGCUAUGGAAAGAGAAGUAGAAUUAGAACAUAGAGGAGUUGAGGCAUCCACUGCCCUUGCAAGGAUCCAGAGAGUAGCAGAUGAGAGGACAGCAAGAGCGGCAGAGCUUGAGCAGAAAGUGACACUGCUUGAGGUUGAAUGUGCAUCUUUAAAUCAAGAACUACAAGAUAUGGAAGCUCGUGCUUGUCGUGGACAAAAGAAGUUGCCGGAAGAGGCAAAUCAAGUGAUUCAGGCAUGGCAGGAAGAAGUUGAACGUGCACGCCAAGGUCAGAGAGAUGCUGAGAGCAAAUUUUCUUCUUUGGAGGCUGGAGUGCAGAAAAUGAGGGUAGAAAUGGCUGCAAUGAGAAGAGACGCUGAGCAUUAUUCACGCCAGGAGCACAUGGAGCUGGAAAAACGCUACCAGGAACUAACUGAUCUACUGUACUACAAGCAAACACAGUUAGAGGCCAUGGUUAGUGAAAAAGCUGCAGCAGAGUUUCAAUUGGAGAAGGAAAAGAAGCGUAUUCAAGAAGUGCAGGUUGAGGCUGAAAGAAGUAGGGUGUUCCGUAGGGCAUCAUCAUCUUGGGAAGAAGACACUGAAAUGAAAGCACUCGAGCCCCUCCCCUUGUAUCACCGCCAUCUGGUUGGGGCAAGCCUACAGUUGCAAAAGGCAGCAAAACUCUUAGAUUCAGGAGCUGUCAGGGCCACUAGAUUUCUCUGGAGGUACCCAACUGCUCGAGUUAUCGUGCUUUUUUAUCUGGUAUUUGUACAUCUCUUCUUGAUGCAUCUGAUGCAUCGUCUUCAGGCACAAGCAGACAGUUUUGAUGCUAGAGAAGUUGCAGAAUCUAUGGGACUUGCGAACCAUACUUUGCCUUGAUCGGUUAGCUGUAGCCAGGUGAAAGCUAGUUCAAGUCAUCCUGCUUUUAUGAGGGUGCAGCGUCUUCGAAUUCUGGACAUGUAUUUGCUUAAGAACUUUGAGAUUUUGUUACUCAAUUAUUCAUGUCACAACCAUUUGAGAUGUGUGGUUGGUAUUAUCACAGACAGAUUGAGGAGACAAGUGGACAGUCAUUUUGGAUCGGCAUGCAAAUGCUGUGAUAUCAAAAUGAUUACAUGUAUUUAUGAUUUGGUUUGUACGCCAUUUUGACACUCAACUAACUAUAUAUUGUGAGAAUUUGGCCACCACAAUUGGCAAUUUAGCUGUGAGUGAAUGUAAAAGCAGGUUGUAUAUUCGGGAAAAAUUCAA